AUGUUUUACGAUCCUAUGAUUGCAAAAUUAUGCACUUAUGGAGAAUCGAGAGAACAAGCAAUAGAGGUGAUGCGAUCUUCUUUAAGUUCUUAUAUCAUCCGAGGCAUUUCUCAUAAUAUUAGUUUUUUAGAAGCUUUAAUAUCUAAUCCACGUUUUAUAGUGGGAGAUAUUAAUACAGCUUUUAUAGAAGAGGAAUACCCUCAUGGUUUUUCUGGAGCCACUCUUACUUCCGAUAUUACCAAAAUAUUUUUAGCUACUACAAUUUUUAUUUACAUUACUGAGCAGAAACGAGCUUCAUUAAUUGCGGGGCAAACAAUUGAUCAAGUGAAUAAAAUUGGUAUUAACGUUACGACAUAUGUGCGCUCUACAAGGCUAUCUGAACUAGAAGCCCUGAUGGUUAAUAAAUUUACUUGCGAAGAACAAGGGGAGUUACAAGCGCCACUAGCGGGUCAAAUUAUUGCCAUUAAGGUCCAGGAAGGAAGUGAAAUAAUUAUCGGGCAAGAGAUUAUGGUACUCACUGCUAUGAAAAUGGAAAAUAUAAUUAUUGCUGCGCGUAGUGGAAAAAUCGCUAAAAUACUGG